AUGGUUGAGGGCGAAUCUUCUCUCACGGCCCAUUCCGUCUUCGCUAACGACCUGGUUCACCGUGUCAUGAGUGGAGGGACCUCGAUACCAGAAAUGCAUGAAAGAAUCGAGACGCUCCGGAACAUGGUCGAAGCCAUGAAAAAGCAGCCGGCUGCUCAUGAGAUGACCUACCCCCAUGCGAAGCCGACCCAUUUCGGUUCUCCGAAAGGUUGUGACUUGCCUCCAAUCGCCAAGACUCUGGAACUUCUCAAACUAACCCGGGCCAAUCCGCAACUGGGCAUCGCCUGGGUGUUUGAGUUGUUUGAGAUGGAACACUUUCCUGAGACCUGUCUCGCGUUGUACAUGGCGGAAGAGUACAACGCGGCUCAAUUCAUCACGGUUAACGUCGGGUUGCAUAUCCUGUUCUCCGGAUAUAGCUAUCUCCACCGGGAGAAAGAGCAAGAGUACCUUGAUCUUGCUCUUAUCUGCGCGGUCAACGUUGAGACAGCCCUUCUCAGCCUCCCUUUACAUCUCCCCGCCAACGACGAUGUGAUUGUGGCUCUUUCCUUUGGCGUCUUCUAUGCGGUCGAGCUAGGCAAGCCGGCGUUGGCCUGGGUGCUGGCUUCCAAGGCCUCUGAAUUGUGCCAGUCCCUUGGAUAUCACCGAAUUGGUACUUUCGCGUCCGAUUCUGUUAGCAGCGCAGCGCGUAAACGAUUCCUUUUUUGGGUUGUAUACACACUUGACAAAAGCCUGUCGCUACGUUUAGGGCGGUCUUCUACCAUCCACGAGUCCGAUGUCACCGUUCCUGAUCCAUUAAGUGACGGUCCUAGCCACUCCCCAAUUUCCGCGUUCUUUGGACUGUGGGUCGUUGCGUCUCGGAUCCAAGGCCAGAUUUACGAGUUGCUUUACUGCCCACAAGCCGUUGCACAACCCGAAGCGGUAAGAAUGGCUCGGGUACAACUCUUACUAGGGCAGCUCGAUAAGCUUGAUGCCCUUACGGAUGAAACAUCAGCUAAGUGGGAGAGUGUCUUGCAGCAGGCAAGCCCUUGCGAGACGACUGAGUUUUUCAUUCUGUCAGAUGAAAUCGUCCGACUGUCGACACGUACACUUAUUCACAGGGCUGUGCCAAACCCUCCUGGGUCCCCAACAACCUUCACCGAAGACUGUAUCCUAGUUGCUAGGGAGACACUAGCGAAACAUCAGCGCUGCAUCGCUUUGGUAGAGAGCACCGCUGAACGUUUGUUCUCCACUUACAUGAAUUGGACAAUUCUAUUUGCCCCGUUCGCCCCGUUCAUUGUCAUUUUCUGUCAAGUUAUCGAGACUAGGGACAAAUCCGACCUGGCUCGUUUGGAAGCCUUUGUCAACUCGCUUCUCCCGCACAUUUCCGCGUCGGAAGCUGUGGAAAAACUCCGCCGCUUGUUCCAAGCGCUGUACAGCGUUGCGUCGCAGUAUGUUGAAUCCCAAACCGGGGCGCCCGGAGUUCAACAUCAAGCCAGUACAGUGGACACUUGCCUGGUUGCUCUGGGGUUCCCGGCACAGCCCAACCUAGGAUUACAAGAAGCGCCGUCCGUCCCCGCCGGGGAGGAAUCCGCCAGCGAGGCGGCGUUUCAGCGAGGUGUCAACCCCAUGAUAUGGAUGGGAACCGGUACCGAUCUAGAAGAUUGGUUUUACAGCAACCAGGAGAUGCUGAGCUUUCUGGGGGAUGACGUUUCGUAG